GUAAAAUUUUGCAGUCAACUCGCUGGAGUGGAAGAGAAGAGAAGAGAAGAGAGACAAGGGCAGAGCUUGGCGAUGGACGCUUAGUUCCCACCCACCGCGAAUCAAUCGAGUCACUGAAGUGUUCUUCUAUUUUGGUUUGCUUGGAUCCGCCCACCGAUCGCGAAACUUCAACUGCAAUCUUCCUCCCUUCGUUGCUUGUGUCGGCACCACCAACCGAAUGCCCUAUCCUUCAUCAUCACCUAGUCCUGAAGAGAAAGCGAGGGGAAGAGGCGGUAGCAUCAGCGCAGAUCUAUAGCGCUUCCUCUUCCGAUUCUUUCUCUUACGCAAGCAAACCGACAAUUUUUGCUGGAUUUUUGGUUGUUGGCGGUGGAUUCUCGACGGAGGCAAUGCUAGUCCAAGAUCGGUCUCCUCCUUCUUCCAAGCUCGCUUCUUCGCCGCCUCCUGUGCUUCCUUCCACCGUCGCCCACAGCCGCCGCUUCGUCCCGGCGAAAAGCCUCGACUUUUCCACCUGGGCCUCCGAAAACCUCUACAAGAUCGUAUUUGUUUGCUUCCUCGCCCUCACCGUGGUCGCUAUCUUCUUCAUCCGGAGCUCCGGCGACGCCAUCACGCUCCUCAGAUUCGAGAAAUGCUCCGGCUCCGCUUCGUCCGCCUCUUCCCGGAUCCCUUACCCAGAGGUGUCCUGGUCAUCCGUUCCUCCCAUCAAGCCGCUUGACCUCUCCGCUGCGCCCUUUGCUUCGUUCCGCUCCGACCGGUGGAUCGUCGUGUCCGUCUCCGCCUACCCCACCGACUCCCUCCGCUCGCUGGCCAGGACCAAGGGAUGGCAGCUGCUCGCCGUGGGAAACUCCGCCACGCCGCCCGAUUGGUCCCUCAAAGGUGCCAUCUUUCUCUCCCUAAAUCAGCAGGCCGGUCUCGGCUUCCGCACCGUCGACUUCCUUCCCUAUCACUCUCACGUCCGGAAGAGCAUCGGCUACCUGUUCGCGAUCCAGCAUGGUGCGAAAGUCAUCUUUGACGCGGACGACCGUGCCGAGGUCCUGGGCGCCGACCUCGGGCGCCACUUCGAUGUGGACCUUUCGGGCGAAGCGGCAGGGGCCAAGCACCCUGUCCUCUUCCAGUAUAGCCAUGCUGACCCUAACCGGACUGUCGUGAAUCCUUACAUUCACUUUGGGCAGCGAUCAGUGUGGCCGAGAGGACUGCCAUUGGAGAAUGUUGGAGAGGUUGGGCAUGAGGAAUUCUACACGGAGGUGUUUAGUGGCCGACAGUUCAUCCAACAAGGCCUUUCCAAUGGCCUCCCUGAUGUGGAUUCUAUCUUCUACUACACCCGCAAGUCUUCAGCCUUGGAGACAUUCGACAUUAGCUUUGAUGAGGAAGCACCCAAGGUAGCUUUGCCUCAGGGUCUAAUGGUGCCGAUCAACUCAUUCAACACCAUUUUCCACACACAAGCAUUCUGGGGCCUCAUGCUACCUGUCUCUGUGAGCUCGAUGGCGUCUGAUGUGCUAAGGGGCUAUUGGGCACAGCGAAUCCUAUGGGAGAUUGGUGGGUUUGUGACUGUCUAUCCGCCAACCAUCCACCGGGCAGACACCGCAGAGGGGUAUCCUUUUGCAGAAGAGAAGGACCUCCAUGUCAAUGUUGGUCGCCUGAUCAAGUUUCUAGUAUCCUGGAGAUCAAACAGGCGUACACUAUUUGAGAGGAUCUUGCAUUUGAGUUAUGCAAUGGCAGAGGAAGGGUUCUGGACAAAGCAGGAUGUGCAGUUCACAGCUGCCUGGUUGCAGGACUUGCUUGCCAUUGGAUACCAGCAACCGAGGCUUAUGUCACUGGAGUUGGGUCGACCUCGAGCAAACAUUGGAGAGGGAGAUACCAAGGAGUUCAUUCCCAAGAAACUACCUUCUGUGCACCUUGGAGUGGAGGAGGUUGGGGCAGUUAAUUAUGAGAUUGGAAACCUCAUAAGGUGGAGAAAAUAUUUCGGAAAUGUUGUUCUUAUCAUGUUUUGCAGUGGACCUGUCGAUCGAAUUGCCCUAGAGUGGAGGCUGCUCUAUGGAAGGAUAUUCAAAACAGUGGUAAUUCUUUCAGAACAGAGUGACCCAGGUCUUGCUGUGGAAUAUGGACAAAUACAUGAAGCAUACAAGUACUUGCCUAAGGUAUUCGACAAAUUUCAAAAAGCAGAAGGAUUUCUCUGUCUUCAGGAUGAUAUGAUUCUUAACUAUUGGAACUUACUUCAAGCCGACAAGAUGAAGCUUUGGAUAACAAACAAGGUUUCCGAAUCAUGGAUUUCAGUUUCUACUGAUGGAAAUGAUACAGAUUGGCAUGUCAGUCAAGCAAAUUUGGUCAAGAAGAUCGUAGACAAUUUCCCAGUUCAUUUUCAGACAAGUUACAAAAAAAGUGCAACUGUGGGGAGGGUCAUCAUCUGCAGCGGUGAGAUAUUCUACAUCCCUCAAAGGCUUGUUACGGACUUCUCUGACCUUGUGGGAAUUGUGGGAGACCUAAAUAUCCAUCACCGGAUUGCCAUGCCAGUGUUUUUUCUCGCAAUGGACUCACAAGAGAAUUUUGAUUCUAAAGCUCUAGCGACGACUGUCUAUAGGACACAACCCAAGGCUAUGGAUCCAUUUACGAGCUAUUACACUGCCCAAGCUCCUGCCGUGUACCCACUGAAGGUGCACAACGAGUACGAUUUCAUAAAGCUAAUCAGAGCGAUGGCCGCAGGGGAUCCCCUUUUGCUGGAGCUGGUAUGAGAGACUCCCUUGCCGAAGCAUACUGAAGAAAUCUCCAAAGUGAAUUUCAUCCUCUGCAUAUUCUCCAUUCCUAUUCGUACCUUUCUUGUAUGAUGUAAUGUUAUUCAUUUACAGACAAAACAGUGAGCUUUUAGAAACUUCAUUUUUCGAUCUAAAAUGUCUUAAAUGAUACCACAUGGUGAUGUGGUCUGCUCAGAAUCCAGACAUCUCUGGCCACCAGUUUGAGAAUGGCAAAGCAGCAAUCUUUGUAACAAAAGAACUGAUGAGAAGUUGCUAAUCUUGGAACUUUGUAUGGAGAGUGUUGAUAGCAGUCUGAAAUUAGUAGCUGAAGCAUCAUCAUUUACAAAGACUUGUUCUUUAUGCUUUCUUUUCCUUCUUUUUUUCCCCUCUAAUGUCUGUUUGUUAGACCGACAUUGUUUGCAUUGUGCAUAUGACUGAAAUUAUCAAGAAAUGCAGCAUCAUCAGUGCAAAGAGUUUAUGGUUUCCUCAAAA